AUGCCGCCGCCUCCCGCAUCCUCUCCCGCGCUAGGCGCCUCGUCGAGUGCCUCCUCGUCCCCGUCCCCGAGGAGCGCGACUCGCUCAAGCGCGCACAGCUCCGCGAUCUCGCCAUUCUCAACGGCACCCACCGCUCCGUCGCCGACUAUCUCACCGCCCCCCCCGCUCACCCGCACCACCACCACCAUCACCACCACCACGCCGCCCUCCACCACCCUUCGUCCCCGGCCCCACGCGCAUCCCCGGCAUCCUCGCCGCCGCCGCUCCGCCGCGCCAUGUCGGCCACUAACGCAAAGCACCACCACCCGUUUGCGCACCACCAGCAGGACCCGUUUCUGCACCCGUUUGACCACCAACAAGCCGUGUCUUUCGCACGAGCCUUCGCCCUCAAUCCCACCAGGCCCAACGCCUCGCCCGUCACACAGCCGGCAAGUUCCCCCCCGCCCCCGGCGAACCGCGCCGCGUCCACCCCUUCAACACCCGCACCCGCCCCGCCGCUCACGCAGCCCGCACAACCCCGACACCCGCCCUCCCAAACUUCAACUUCCCUUACUGCAACCUCGGACCCCCUCAACACUACCUCGCAGCCCACCUCAACAAGUACCAACAACAAUCCAACCACCACCACUACUACCACCGCCUCCUUUGCCCCGGCCUCUCCGCACUCUGACAGUGGCUUCAACCUCCCGGGCCUGGACAAGCUCAACAUCCCCUCGCUCAACUUUGACCAUCUCAGCGAGCCCAACCUCGCCUUGCCCACUCUUGCCAUGCCUGCUGCUUCGCCUACAAUCGUUGACCCGGACAUCUACCCGUACCCGCUCACCCCUGGCUUGCCCAACCUGGACCAUCAUCUCCAGCUCAACGCCUUUGCAUCCCCUGUGUGGACGCCCUCCCGUCCUUUGUCCAACUCAGGUCAGCAAUCGCAGCCCCUCGCAAGCCCGUCCUCUGCCGCCUUGCCCCCGCGUUCCCCGCCGCCCAUGGAAUCACACCACAACGGUGCUUCGGACGCCUCGAAAGCUUUCCUGCUGGGACGUGCCCUGGGUGAUCCCGUGCGUGCGCAGGGCGCUUUUCGGCGCACCAAGUCGGCGAGGCAGCAUGGAGAGCUCUCGUUUGAACAGGCCUUUGCGGCCCAUUCGAUCAGUGACAGGGACAACGACCCCCCGGAUUUCUCCCACGUCUAUGCCUAUCCGUCCCAGAGAGAGCAGAGCAAUAGCGGGAGUGCCAAUCAAGGAGAAUCGGUGCUCGCAAACUUUUUCCCCUCCUCGCCUCUCGCCCCGCACAUGCCCCGCGCACACGAUUUGCAUGACGAUGGCACGGAUCAGAGGCACCCGCAGGCGGUUUCUUUCGCCUCGCAGGAGCAUCGCUUGGACGACCGGCAGAACCAACAGCAUCGCGAACAUGACCAGUACAGGCAAGAGCGCCAACUCCAGCAGCAGCAGCAGCAGCAGCAGCAGCAGCCGCAGCAGCAAGCUCACCUAA